AUGGGGGCCCCAGGCUGGGCCACCCUCCUGCUGCUGGCGCUCGGCACCCAGGCACUGAUCCGGAUCCCCCUGCGGAAGUUCCCUUCGGUCCGGAGCAGGUUCCGCGGGCCGGGGCUCCCCAUUGCCAACCUGGGGGCUGGCAGGGGGCCCCACAGCCGCUCAGCUGGCCCCCAGCGUCUGCACAAUUACAUGGACGUGAGCCAGUACUAUGGGGAGAUCGGGAUCGCGCCCCCCCAGCAGUUCAGCGUCGUCUUCGACACCGGCUCGUCCGACCUGUGGGUGCCUUCGGCCGGCUGCUGCCUCCUGCACCUGGCGUGCUGGGUGCACACUCGCUACCACUCGCUCUUCUCCUGCACCCACAAACGCAACCACACCAAGUUCUCCAUCCACUAUGGGACCGGCAGCCUGAACGGUUUCCUCAGCCAGGACACAAUCACCGUGUCCAACCUGACGGUGGAGAACCAGACGUUCGCUGAAGCCAUGGACCUGCCGGGGCUGGUGUUCGUGGCAGCCAAGUUCGACGGGAUCCUGGGGAUGGGGUACCCCAGCCUCUCGGUGCGCGGGGUCACCCCCGUCUUCGACAACAUGAUGGCGCAGGGGCUGCUGGACCAGAACGUCUUCUCCUUCCACCUCCGCAGGGGCUCGGCGGACGGGGGCGAGCUGCUGCUGGGGGGCACGGACCCGGAGCUGCAUGAGGGGGAGCUGCAUUAUGUGCCCGUGUCCCGCAAAGCCUACUGGCAGGUCAAGGUGGACAGGAUCCGGGUGAAGAAGGCCCAGGGGGAGCACCAGUGCAAGGGGCUGUCUCUCUGCCGGGGGGGCUGCCAGGCCAUUGUGGACACAGGCACCUCCCUCAUCGCGGUUCUUUGGAGAGUCACCGAUGUCAUGAGCCGAGAGAGAGCGCAGGAGCGGGGUGAGUGGAGGUCAGUGUCUCCCUCUCCCUUCUUUGAGGGUUACCCCCGCUGGGGCGCAGGCGACAAGCCGUCUCUUGUGGACGGGCCAUUUGAUACGCUCCUGUGA